AUGAGAAGGGAUGAAAAAAGAGGAUCUGCCAGUGACUCAGUGCACUAUGGGAGCUGCAGUCCAGAUUUCACUUUACUGUUGACUGCCUUCUUCUCUCCUCACUCAUCUCUCUCACGUUACCUCUCACCUUCUCUUCCACUUCUGGCCCUCCCCGCCCCCAGACCUCUUGGUUUCUUCACCCUCACCCAGCUCAGUCACUGGUGGCACCAGCUGAAGUUUCGCCUUCAAAACAAGAAACGAUGGGAUAAGAUGUUGGAUGAGACGUUUCUGCUCCACACCAAACUCACAAAUGACAUUCCUCUCUUCUAUGUGGCUAAAACAAACAACGUUGACUGUAUAAAGAAACUGCUAAGCUCUGCGUCCACUAACAUCUUUGAGAGAGGUGCUCUUGGAGAGACAGCGCUUCAUAUUGCUGUGAUGAAUGAUAAUGUGGAGGCAGCAGUGGCUCUGAUGGACGGGGCUCCUGAACUCAUCAACGAGCCCAUGACCUCUGAGCUUUUCAAAGGUGUCACUCCUCUCCACAUUGCUGUGGUGAAUCAGAACAUCAGUUUGGUCCAUCACCUCAUUAGUCAUGGUGGUGAUGUGGCUACACCUAGAGCCACUGGGCUGUACUUUCGGAAGAGGAGAGGAGGACUCAUUUACUUUGGUGAGCAUGUCCUAUCUUUUGCUGCAUGUACUGGGAAUGAGAACAUUAUCUCUAUGGUCGUUAACACAGGGGCCAUGCGGGUGGUGGCCACAAUUUUGAUGCUGGAGAGGCGGCUGCCUCGUUGCCUGAAGCCUCGUUUUGGGGAGUGUGGGCUAAAAUACGGCCUGAAGGAGCUCUGGUAUCUCAGGGUUGAGGAUAGAAACGACACAGUAAUGCAGAAGAUGAGACGAUACGUCAUGGCCUUCUCCAAAGAGGAUGAAAAGGAAAAGGAAGAACUGGAGAAAUCUGACUCCCCACAAGAGUCAAUCUCAGGAAUCUCCAAACUCAGACAAAACAAAAGACCUAGAGACAAACGGAAUCUAACAGGCUGGCAGAUGAUUCGCCUCAGUACUUUGGGUUUGGAACUAGAGCUGGUAGAGCCGAAGGAAGACCAGAACAUUAAAUAGGUCUAGAAUGAAAUCCUACCUAUGGGUCUGAAGUGUGUAGUAUGAGGUUUUCCAUAAUCUCACAGUCCUUAAUAUAAUACCUAGAUGUUAAUCGCUGAUGACUGUCAAUGAACAAAGUUGUAAGAGAAUUCAAUUGUCUCAGUUACUCUAUAUAAAGUCAACAGUGCAAUUACCUGCAGUAUUACACUAUAGAGAAUAGUGUUAUUUUUAUAGCAAUAUAAGACUCCAACAUAUCAGCACAUUGCAUUAAGAACUGCUUUGACCUUAAGACCAGAUCGUGAGCUGACCAUGAGUUGACUGGUCAUCUCUCUCCAUGCACUGUAUAUUUGGUAUAUUUUUAUUUAUAAAGCUGUUCCAAACAGACCUCUUUCAUACGUUUCCUAACUUAUUUCACAGAGUUCUUCUUCCAGUUACAAUCACAGGACACUUCUCUGCUGUCUGUCUAUCCCUAACGAAUGGAGAGAGAUGAGAAAGAAAACUUUCAUAUUUUAUGCUCCAGCACUUGGAAUAGGUUUACAGAGGGAAAUUAACAAACUUGGUAUCACAUGUUGAAUUUAAGAGUAUUGUAAAUUCUGUGGUGAAUGAUACAUUUUCUAUUUGUCUGUUUGUAGCACAUUUUACUUUAUAAAAAUGGGUAACUGUCUUUGUAAACUUCUCUGUUCUUCAUUUAUUUGAAGCCUUCAUUAAUUAUUGAUAUUAUUGUAUAUUUGUGUUUUU